CCAUUCCACAAAAUCAUAAGCAAACACAAGAUCUUGUUUAUUAUCACAAUGAAGAGCGGUCUCACCAACCCCAGAUUCUUCCUUGCUAUGGCAGUCAUGUUUGCCAUGGCUGCUGCAUUGUCCCAUGCUCACGGUACUCGAGUUGGCUUCUAUGCAAGAUCAUGCCCUAGAGCUGAAUCCAUUGUUAGGUCAACGGUUCAAUCGCAUUUCCGUUCUAAUCCAACCAUUGCACCCGGUUUGCUUAGGAUGCACUUCCACGACUGCUUUGUCCAAGGAUGUGACGCCUCCAUCCUCAUCGAUGGCCCUAACACGGAGAAAACCGCCCCUCCAAAUAGACUGUUGAGAGGCUACGAAGUUAUCGACGAUGCCAAAACGCAGCUCGAAGCUGCAUGCCCCGGUGUCGUUUCAUGCGCCGAUAUUCUUACUCUCGCAGCUCGUGACUCCGUCUUUCUGACGAGAGGAAUUAACUGGCGGGUGCCUACGGGACGCAGAGAUGGGAGAGUUUCAUUGGCAUCGGAUACUUCCAAUUUGCCUGGAUUUACAGAGUCCAUUGAUUCUCAGAAGCAAAAGUUCGCUGCCUUUGGUCUCAACACUCAGGAUCUUGUUUCCCUUGUUGGAGGACACACCAUAGGGACUUCAGCUUGCCAGUUUUUCAGCUACAGAUUAUACAACUUCACCAACGGCGGUCCCGACCCCACAAUCAACCCGGCGUUCGUUCCUCAACUGCAAGCUCUUUGCCCGCAAAACGGUGACGGCUCAAGGCGCGUUGAUUUGGACACCGGUAGUGGAAACAGGUUCGACACGUCGUUCUUUUCCAACUUGAGGAAGGGCCGGGGAAUACUUGAGUCGGAUCAGAAAUUGUGGACCGAUGCCUCCACCAGAACCUUUGUGCAGCGUUUCCUGGGUGAGAGAGGGUCGCGUCCGUUGAACUUUAACGUGGAGUUCGCAAGGUCCAUGGUGAAGAUGAGUAACAUCGGUGUGAAGACGGGCGCUAAGGGUGAAAUUAGAAGAAUUUGCUCCGUCAUAAAUUAAUUUGAAUACACUUAACGACAACGAUGAUUCUUUAUUAUAAGCAAUAAUUUUAACAUUCUUGAUGUGUGAGUUGAAAUUGUAAAAAAUAUUUUCUUUGUAUUCAAUAAGAAAUAAAAAAAUUCGUGCAC